AUGCUCUCCCACUCGGCCACCCGGGAACCCCUCGCGCACUACCCCCAUGGCGUAUCUCCGUCGUCUUCGGACGAAAACUAUCUCCGCCCGCUCCCGCUCCCUGUGAUCUCGCGCGCAUCCUCGCGGGCUUCCACCGCGUCCUACAACUCGACCGCCGCUCUCAACCCGAAUCACGAGCCGCCGCAGAGGAAGACUAGGGAAUCCAUCGCACACAGGCUCUUCUACGGCUGGAAGCACAGCGGCGAGAACCACCCGAACCUCGAGGCUCAACAUCCCGACAAGCUCUGCGACAAGGGCGGCGGCGCGAAGGCAACCCGUCUCAAGGCGUGGCACGGCUGGCGUCUCAUUAUCUUUGACUCCUGGCUUAAUCUCCUGAUUUUGCUGAUUCCGGUUGCGGGCAUUCUGAAGGCGACAUCUGAUAACUCAGAGACCCUCGUAUUCACGGCAUGCCUGUUGUCCAUGAUACCGCUUGUCAAGCUGCAUGAUGUCGCCACAGGCGUGCUCUCGCGCAGGAUUGGUGGAAGCAAAACCGGCCUGCUAAAUUCCAGCAUGAGCAACAUCAUCGAGAUGGUCGUCGCGGUGAUUGCGUUGCGCAAGUGCGAGCUCCGAGUGGUUCAGUCCUCACUCAUCGGCGCGAUGCUCAGCAAGCUCCUACUUAUUCUCGGCAUGUGCUUCUUCGCGGGUGGUACUCGGUUCUCUGAGCAAGGAUUCGAUUCCACUGCGACCCAGAUUCACUCCUCGCUGCUCAGUAUCAGCGUUGGAGCAGUCUUGUUGCCCGCCGCCUUCCAUUUCGCUCUAACCUACAACACGGAGGAUAGCGCACAGGAGGCCGGCACUUCUCUUAAAGAACAGAAGGACGACAUUCUUCGGAUGAGCCACGGCGUAGCCGUAGUACUCCUUUUCAUCUAUGUGUCCUAUCUCGUGUUCCAGUUGUGGUCGCACACGCAUCUGUACCAAGACAGGAUCGCGCCGAGCGCCAAGCUACCCGCAGCUCAAUCUGUACGCGCCGUUACCUCGCGUGUCCGCAAGAAGAGCAACAACGUCCGCGAGCAGUUGGUCAACACUCACGCCAUCCGGAAGAUCCGCUCGGGUACCUCGAUCCAUUCGAUGCGCACCCUAGGAUACUCCAAGCCGUCGAAGUCAGCGAGAAGCGCAGAGAAGAUCGGAACGGUCGCCGAGGCCCCCGAGACUACACUGGACGAUGAUGAACGGAGCUCCGUGCGUCGCGGCCCAUACCUGCCGCGGUCCAGUAGCGGAAGCAGCGCAGGCGCACGGGCGACGCUGGUGUCUCCGGACGGGGCGACGUCAGAAGUCACGCUCUCGAACCCCAUCUCCCAGCCCGCGGAGUCCACCGUGCGCCUCGUGUCCGAGCACGAGCACAUGCGACAAGACAGUUCGUGGUCAGACCCCAUCUCCCGCGCCAGCAGUCCGUUGUCGCGCAUCGGCUCCGGGGAGGACUCGUCUUUCGACUCGGACGACGACGGGUGGCGGCGGCGGGAGGCGCGCGGGCGGUCGCGGACACCGAUGAGCGAGGUGCUGUCGGCGUACUACCAGGACGGGCACCUGAUGGAGCACCGCGGGCAGUGGAAGGAGAUGGCGGACGUCGAUAUCUCGGGGCGGCCGGGGCCGUCGCCGUGGCAGUCGUCCCCGGGGCGGUCGGUGACACCGCCCGAGGAGGAGAUGAGCUGGACGCUGAUCAUUGUCCUGUUGCUGUCCGUCACGGCGCUGGUGGCGGUGAACGCUGAGUGGCUGGUUGACACUAUGGAUCACUUGUCGCCGACUAUCAGCAAGGAGUGGAUCGGGCUGAUCCUCUUGCCUACAGUCAGCUCCAUUGCCGAAUGCGUCACUGCGAUCAACGUUUCGGUAAAGGACCAGCUCACCCUCAGUAUCAGUGUUGCCGUCGGCUCCACCAUCCAAACGGCUUUGUUCGUUAUUCCAUCGAUGGUCAUCCUUGGGUGGAUCCUCGACAAACCCCUCGCCCUCUUGUUCGACCCUUUCGAGUCGGUUGUGUUGUACAUUUCCGUGCACACAAUGGGAUAUGUCGUCGCCGACGGAAAGUCCAACUGGCUAGAAGGCGUGAUCCUCGUCUGCCUUUACGUUGUGAUCGCCGUCACUUUCUGGUUCUACCCAGGCUCGAACUUCUCCACGAACCUUGCCGUGUGCACCGAGUCCGCACCCCUCGUCCUCUGA